AUGCUUAGACUAUCGAGAACUCUUCCGGCCAUAAGGGCGUUGAAGAGAUGCCGUUUGUCGAAUACACGGGUUAGUAUGCCGGUUACAGCAUCGCACUUCGGAGAAGUGAGUCGCCCGUACGCAUCAUCGACGAUGGGUCCGGAUUCUUUCCUCCAGGGCGACGCGGCGAACUACGUCGAUGAGAUGUACGAGUCGUGGCUGAAGGAUCCAAGCUCGGUGCACGUUUCGUGGGAUGCGUACUUUAGGAAUUUGAAAAACGGAGCAGCACCCACAGCAGCGUUUACAGCACCACCUACGUUGAUUCCCGGACCAAUCGGGAGCUUGAGCAUGGUCCCAAGCACGCAGACGGCGAGCAACGAGGACAUCUUGACGCAUCUAAAGGCACAGUUGUUGGUGCGUGCGUACGAGGUGAGAGGGCACCAGAAGGCACACCUGGACCCGUUGGGGAUGUCGUUCGGCGACUCGAAGACGCUCCACAUCCCGAAGGAGCUCACUCCGGAGUACUAUAAGUUCACGGAGGCGGAUUUGGAGAAGGAGAUCGCGUUGGGACCGGGAAUCCUCCCGAAUUUCGUCAAGCACGGGAUCAAGUCGAUGAAGUUGAAGGAGGUGAUCUCGACGUGCGAGCGGCUCUACUGCGGGAAGUACGCCGUGGAGUACAUCCACAUCCCGUCGCGUGAGCGGUGCGACUGGAUCCGGCAAAGAAUCGAGAUCCCCCAGCCGUACAAGUUCACGGCAGACCAGAAGAGACAGAUUUUGGACCGGCUGAUCUGGUCGUGCGAGUUCGAGAACUUCUUGGCCACGAAGUACCCGAACGACAAGCGGUUUGGGCUGGAGGGGGCGGAGUCGGUUGUUCCCGGCAUGAAGGCACUCAUCGACACGUCUGUGGACCUCGGAGUGGAGGAUGUGGUGAUCGGCAUGCCGCACAGGGGCCGGCUUAAUAUGUUGGCGAAUGUGGUGCGUAAACCGGCCGAGGCGAUCUUCUCGGAGUUCUCCGGGUCGACUCCUCAGGACGAGGGGUCUGGAGAUGUCAAGUACCACUUGGGUAUGAACUACGUGAGACCCACUACUUCCGGCAAGAGCGUGAACUUGUCGAUUGUGGCCAAUCCGUCGCACUUGGAGGCCGAGGACCCGGUGGUUUUGGGCCGGACUAGGGCCCUCCAGCACUUCAAGAACGACGUGGGCGAGUUCAACAAGGCACUCGGUGUUUUGUUCCACGGUGACGCGGCAAUCGCCGCUCAGGGCGUCGUGUACGAGUCGAUGGCGUUUUCGCACUUGCCGGCAUUCUCCACCGGAGGCACUGUUCACGUCAUAGUGAACAAUCAGAUCGGGUUCACGACGAACCCGGAGUUCGGCCGAUCCACGCGGUACCCGUCGGACAUCGCGAAGGCGUUCGAUGCGCCGGUUUUCCACGUCAACGCGGACGAUGUGGAGGCGGUGGUGUUCAUGUUCAACUUGGCAGCCGAAUGGAGAGAGACGUUCCACUCGGACGUUUUCUUGGACAUUGUGGGCUACCGAAAGCACGGGCACAACGAGACGGACCAGCCAUCGUUUACCCAGCCGUUGAUGUACAAGCGGAUUGCCCAGAAGAAGCAGGUGCUCGAGCUGUACGAGAAGCAGCUGCGGGACGAGGGCUUCUUCACGGAUGCAGACAUAGACGAGCACAAGCAGUGGGUGUGGAAGAAGCUCCAGGCGUUGUUCGACAAGGCCCGGGAGUAUACGCCGGAGUCUCGGGAGUGGCUCACGGCCCCCUGGGAGGGCUUCAAGUCGCCCCGGGAGUUGGCCCGCGAGAUUUUGCCGCAUCUCCCCACUGCAGUGGACGAGGCCACGCUGAAAAGCAUUGGUCGGGUGAUCUCAACGCCUCCGGAGGGCUUCAAGAUCCACCGGAACCUCAAGCGGGUGUUGAAGAGCCGGCUCAAGUCGAUCGAUGCGGGGAAGGGCAUCGACUGGUCGACCGGCGAGGCCCUCGCACUUGGCUCGCUUGCCCUCGAAGGGUACCACGUUCGUGUCACGGGUGAGGAUGUUGAAAGAGGCACUUUUUCACAGAGACACGCCGUGCUCCACGACCAGGACUCCGGGGCAACAUACGUGCCCUUGAAGCACAUCGGUGCCAGCCAGGGCGACUUCGUGAUCUCGAACUCGCCGUUGUCCGAGUACGGUGCCUUGGGGUACGAGUACGGCUACUCGUUGGCCUCUCCGGAUGCGUUUGUCGAGUGGGAGGCCCAGUUUGGCGACUUUGCCAAUAACGCACAGUGCAUCAUCGACCAGUUUAUCGCUGCUGGCGAGAGCAAGUGGAAGCAGCGGUCCGGUCUCGUGAUGAGCUUGCCCCAUGGGUACGAUGGACAAGGUCCCGAGCACUCUUCUGCCCGUAUCGAGCGAUACUUGGAGCUCUGCAACGAGGAGCCGCGUGUUUUCCCAAGCCCGGAAAAGUUGGACCGGCAGCACCAGGACUGCAACAUGCAGGUGGCCUACCCAACAACGCCGGCUUCGCUUUUUCACCUCAUGAGAAGACAGAUGCACCGCCAGUUCCGGAAGCCGUUGAUCAUCUUCUUUUCGAAGUCGUUGCUCCGGCACCCGUUGGCCCGGUCUGACCUGUCUGAGUUCACCGGAGACUCGCACUUCCCCUGGAUCAUCGAGGAUAAGGAGCUCGGCAACUCCAUCAACGACAAGCCCGGCAUCAAGCGGCUUGUUCUCUGCUCCGGACAGGUGUACGCAACGCUUUUCAAGAAGCGUGAGGAUCUUGGUGACAGAGAGACUGCGUUCCUCAAGGUUGAACAGUUCCACCCAUUUCCAUACGCUCUUCUCCGAGACGCUUUCAAGACUUACCCUGCCCUCGAGGACCUUGUCUGGUGCCAGGAGGAGCCCCUCAACAUGGGUGCCUACUGGUACAUGAAGCCAAGGUUGAAUGCCACGCUCAAGGAGGCUGGUGUCGAUCUUCCUUUGCGUUACGCGGGAAGAGACCCUUCUGCCUCCAUUGCCACAGGCAACAAGAAGAGGCAUCAUGCUGAGGAGGAGGCUUUCCUGGCACAGGUCUGGAAUAAAUGA